AUGUAUAUCGCACUCAUCUUUGUGUUUAGUAUAACAUUUAUAGAAGGAACUAUCAUAGAUGACACUUGUUAUACUGAAAGUGCAAAGAGGUUGCUAGAAAAAACAUCGCAGGGCUCGGAUCCAGAGUUUCAUAAGAGUUUGGAGGAAUUCAGAGACUCACCAUUCAGGGUAGUUUUAAAAUAUUGUCUAGGACCAAAAGGCGAUGUUUCGAGUCACAAAUUUGUUGAGUGUGUAACUUCACACAAUUCCUGUACUGUGCCAUGGUAUAGUACAGUUAAUUGGGAGUUCUGUCUAUGCAAUACAGUACACUGUAUCGUCUCAAAUUGCUUGCAAUACUGGCUAGAAACGGGAAAUCUGACCAACAUUGAUUGCUUUUCACACUGCCUCCCCAAAUCAUACAAGUGUAUUGCUAAACAAACAGGCUCAUUGAAGUCAGAAUAUUAA